AUGGCCCAGUUGAACAAGUACACCUGGCUCAUCUACAAACCGCUGCGGUUCGUCUUGCUGCUGGACCUGCUCAGCCUCAUGGUGGCAUACGCUGCCGGGACUUGCAGGGACAGGUUCACAAUCCUCUGCUCCGUGCUGCUGGUAGCCCUCUUCUUCGUCUUCCUCGUGUUUCAGAUGUAUCGGGCCUCCACUACAGACAAGACGACCAUCCAGAACGUGCCGGAUGUGGAGAAUGGCAGCGCGCACGACGAGGAGAAAGAGAGGCGGCUCCGCAAGCACAAGGUCCUGAUGGUGCUGGCGACGUUCUCGGUCAGCGUCACCUACAUCGCCGGGCUGAGCACGCCGGGUGGUUUCUGGGACACCACCGAUGGCCGCCACCACCCGGGAGACUCUAUCCUCAGGGACCGCCACAACAUACGCCUGAGCGUGUUCUUCAUAGGGAACACCACGGCGUUUGCCGCAUCACUGCAAAUCAUCGUUGUGCUUCUGGACAGGAGGCUUGUCUUCAAACUCAUGAAGGCGUACAUGUUCAUCACCGUCGCGUUGGUUGGCCUCGUCGUCGCUUACGUCGCCGGCAGCUGUAGGGAGACCGACACUACGGUCUAUCUGGUCAUCUUGGUUGUGGCUUGCACUGCUUUCCAAAUGGCUCUCUUCAUUAUUCACCAUCGGUCCAAGAAGAAGAAACUGACUGAAAUUAGGACUGUCCGGAAAAUUGUGUUUCUUACUUCCUCUGAAAUUAGGACCGUCCGGGAUGCGGUGGACAAGGCUCGCUCUCUUGUUCUACUGCUUGCUACUCUCGCAGCAACCAUCACUUACCAAGCAGGACUGAACCCACCGGGUGGCCUUUGGCUGGACAACGGCGAUGGGUACAUGGCCGGUGACCCGAUCCUCCUCACGACAAACGCUAGGCGGUACAGGACCUUCUUCUACUGCAACUCGAUUGCCUUCGCAACCUCUUUGGUCGCCGUCGUCGUGGUCCAGAUUAAGCUUCUGCUCUCAUACCACGUGCUGGAGGUAGCCAUGGUGCUCGACUUGUUUGGCCUGAUCGGUGCAUACGCUGCCGGAAGCUGCCGGGACAUCAGCACCUCCAUUUAUGUCUUGGGCCUGGCGGGUGCCGUCCUGGUCUACGCAUUGAUACAUGUUGUCCUGUUCACCCUGGGAGAAAAGGACACCGACACCCGCACGGAAGAGGAUGAUGAGCUGGUGGAGAAGACGCGCAAGCGGUUACUCCUCUUCGCAAUCUUGGCAGCAACCAUCACCUACCAAGCCGGGUUGACUCCUCCGGGUGGCUUCCGGCUCCAAGACGACGAGUCUGGCCACCACGCCGGCGACCCAGUGCUAUUGUACAACUUCCCGCGCCGCUACCAUGCCUUCUUCUACACCAACUCGGUGAGCUUCAUGCUGUCCAUCGCGCUUAUCAUCCUCCUCGUCAACCCGCAUGUGUACAGGCCAGCCAUACGAACCCACGCGCUGUCUGUUUGCACGGGGGUGGGCCUGCUCGCCCUCAUAGGUGCCUACGCUGCCGGCAGCACGCAGCAUCUCAAGACAUCCAUCUACAUCUUCCUAUUGGUGGCUGUGGUUCUCUUCUUUGUAGUCGCACUGCUCACAGGAUUUCUGGUGAAGAAGGGCGGCAACACAGGAACAAUAAACAAGGAGACGACGAAAACGGAGAAGACAGAUGAUAAGAGGACAAGGCAUGCCAAGCGCAAGUACCUGAUGCUGUUAGGCAUCCUGGUGGCCAGUGUCACCUACCAGGCUGGCCUAACUCCGCCAGGAGGGACUUGGCAGAGCAACGGCGUCGGGCACGAGGCAGGCGACCCGGUGAUGCACGACAAUAGAAGAGCCCGGUACCUCGCAUUUUUCUACAGCAACUCCGCUUCCUUUGCCGCCUCCGUCGUCGUCAUCAUCCUCUUGCUUCCCAAGUCUCUGCACAAAGACAAUGAGAGUUUGUGGCUCGGAGCGAUGAACACUAUGAUCGUGCUGGAUUUGCUUGGCCUCUUGGGGGCCUACGCUGCUGGAACUGGCAGGGGAUGGAAGACAUCUGUAUAUGUCCUCGCGCUGGUCUUUGCCGUUCUUUUCUACAUUGCAGUCCAUGUAAUUGUGUCCCUAUUCAUUGACUUGAGACGGCAGGAGAAUGAUACUCAGCCCCCGACGCUCGGUCACAGUAGCACAGAAAACGGUGACCAGCAGGCAAAUAGAUCUGCAGCAGUAUGA